GCCCAGUGUAGUACACACGUGUGUAGAGAAAUGUGUUGAUGUAUGUAUUUGUACUUUAAUUUGUGUGUUUUUGUCUGAACUAAGGAAACCUGUCGGGCCGUUUCGUUAUGGACCUGGCCUCGAAGGACUCGUACAUCCAGAAACUCGUCAGUAAAGUCAUUUCUCAGCGGGACCAGGAGCCAAAGAAGAGACCGUUCGUUCCUUUCAAAGGUAAAAACGACUCCGGCCCUUCGAAGAAGAAAAAAGCUAAAAAUAAAAACGGCAAAGCCAAAGCCGCAGAUGUGAAAACUUCUAAAUCCCAACAACCCCAGCACAAGCCGCCGGCAUCUCCGGCAGCUCAGAAAAAGAAACCUGCAGCCAAAGCCGGCGCGCCGGCGCCUGCGAGUGUGAAUGGAGCCGCAGCAGAGAAGCAUCAAGGAGGGAAUGUCUCCAGCUUCUCUACAGUAGAUGUGUUGCGUAAAAGGCUUCAUGAAAAGAUCGAGGAGUCCAGGGGUCAGGGAGCUCCGAAGAACGCGCUGUCGGAGGAAGUGCAGGCAAAGCGAGCCAAGCGAAAGCUGGAGCGGGAGCGCAAGAAGAGGAAGAGGAAGGAGUUCCUGAUGAAGAGGCUGGCCGAGCAGAGCGGCCAAGAGAUCAAGAGCGAGAAUGAGCCCGAGGUCAAACCGAAAAAGGAGCAAGCUCCAGCCGCAAACAAGAGGAACGAGACGGCCAUCAUCUUCAACAAGGUGGAGACGGUGGAAGACAGAUACAUGGACAAAACGGUGAAACGGAAGAACAAGAAGCAGAGCGUCAAGGGCCAGAUCACGCCGCUGACGGGGAAGAACUACAAGCGGCUGCUCAGCCAGGUGGAGGCCCGCAAAACCAAGCUGGAGGAGCUGAGGGCGAAGGACGAGGGCAAGGCCCUGGAGAUGGAGAAGAAGAUCAAGUGGACCAACAUGCUGUACAAAGCCGAGGGCCUGAAGAUCAAAGACGACGAGGAUAUGCUGCGAGCCUCGCUGAAGCGCAAGGAGAAGUUUCGCGUUCAGAGGAAGAAGAGGUGGGACCAGCGCAGCGAGAGCGUCGUGGAGAAGAUGCAGCAGCAGCAGGACAGGAGGAGGAGGAACAUCCAGAAGCAGAAGCGGAUGAAGUCCGACAAGAGGAAAGAACGGGCGAGAAAGAAAGGCGUAGUGCUGCCCGAGGACUUGAAAAAGGCUAAAGAUUAGAGGAAGGCUGCUUCAAAGUAUGUUUUAAUAUUCAAUUCAGAUGAAAUGCAGUUCUACUGAUUUUACAUGUAUUGGUUCAUGUGAUCGUGUUCUUGGUUGGCAGUGCCACGAUCAAUAAAAGUGGCCUUUCAUCCUGAGUUUUUUGAGACUUUUACAUUUUUGUUAACACAACAAAAGCAGCACAAACUGAAGACUGGAUCUGAGGUGAAGUUUUACAGAGGAACAGAAAAUCAACCACACGUUGGGCGGUGUGGAACUUUGAUUGAUUUGCUAUUUAAAAUAAAACAUGAAAGGUCAGAUAUUUUAACAACAGAUCCAGGAUAUAAAAUAUAAUUUCUUACAAUUUAAUUAAGAGAAUGCCUAAAUUAUCAGACUUGCAGCAGUCAUUGUCAUCAGAGGCCACAUAGUUUAUAAUUAUUGAGGCAGUUAAAAGAAAAUUGUAUGUUUGAUACAAAUUCAUUAAACCCGCAGCUUUUUUUGAAAGUGUUAUUUUUUGCAGAUUUGUGAGAAGAAACGCUCAUUCACUGGCGAAGCUUCACACAAAGCACUGCAGCUGCGGUUUCUUCACUCUGCAGCAGUGCUGAAGAAGACUUGCAGGCUUCUGUCACUAAAUAUCACUGAACACCAGACACGGAAUAUUAACAUCAGAUGCACAGCAGAACUCAUUCAGUAGUGAUGUUUUUCAGUUUGAAAGGCACAUUAUGAUUCAAGAUUUUGUAGAAUGUGAUCAGAGCUCCAGUUUUGAAAAUGAGGAAGAGAGAUAAAACAGUUUAAUAUGUCUGUAUUAAAGUUUGUCAUU